AUGAUGGCAGCUCUCUCUUCGUUACAAAAUUUCAUUCAUUUCCCUACCUCAUUCUCAAUCUCAUCAAACUCCAGAAAUCUCAACGCUGCCGCCUCUUUUCACACCACAAUUAAUAAUAAUAGCUACCUCCCUCCGCAGCCGCUCUCGACCAAGCGUCGUCGUCGACCCUCUCUGUGCGUACAGUGCCAUGGCGGUGGUUCUUUUUCAAUGAAAAAUCAAGACGACAACGAUGACAACGAUGAAGACCCUCUGGAAACAAUCAACAAAGUUUACAAGAGUAUAAAAAAGAAAGACGUUAUCGAGUUGGCUAAUGUAAUAGCUGAUCAACGUCCAGAUAUCAUGGAUUCCAUACCUUUUCUUGGAACCAGUCUGAAAAUGAGGAAGUUGGUGUCUAAUAUGGUAAAGGGAUUACAAGAGAGCCUUGUAUUUUACGUCCUCCCAACAAAAAAAGAUGGAUCAAUGGUGGGCAUUAAAUGGAAAGUAGGUUGGGAAAAACCAUUGGUGAAAUCUAAAAAAGGAAUCACCAUCCAUUCUCACCAUAGCUACGUUGGAAAGUUGCUUAUUGGAAACUUUGAGACGUUAUUGGAACCUCUUCUUCAACUCAUGCCAAUGAAAAUGAUGAAAUGGAAGGAUGAAGAGCCAAAGUCAAAAGCAAGAAGAGUUGCAUCUUUGUGUUUGGGUUUAUUCCUACUCCUCGUUUCUCUUUUCUCUCUCCAAUUUUCUAUUCGUUAAUUUUUUCUAUCAUAAUAUAUAAUAAAAAAAUUUGUUAACUAACUAUUUAAUUAAUAUUAAUGUACCUAAUACCAUUUUUAUCUGUAUACAUAUAUACAUACAUACAUACAUAUAUAUUUAUUGAGAGUUUAGGUCAUUUCUGUUAUAUGCAAAAGUAUAAUAAUGGACGCUUAGGUUUGUAGUAAUGUAACCUGCAGCCUCCAUUUCUCUCAAUCUAUCUUCUUGUCUCUUUAAAACUUUCAUGAAAAUAGAAAAUUCUAUUAUCAUCUA